CUGUGCAAGUAUAAGAAGAGAUACGAUUGAGUUGCAGAGCGUAACAAUAACCAAAAUCGUUUAUUUCUGAUUAUUAAAGUAAGGACUUCGCAUCUACUAGACUUUCUACUUAAAAUCUUCAAAAUCGAGAUACCGAAGGGCAGACCUUUAAGCAGUGUGACAUAGGGAAGUAUUAGAAACUCUUCAGAGAAAUGUCUGCAUCCAAAGAGGUAGCGAUUGGCAUUGACCUCGGAACCACCUACUCCUGUGUGGGGGUCUUCCAGCAUGGCAAAGUGGAGAUCAUUGCAAAUGACCAGGGUAAUAGAACCACUCCCAGCUAUGUGGCUUUUACUGACACCGAACGGCUCAUCGGAGAUGCUGCCAAGAACCAGGUGGCUUUGAACCCCCAGAACACAGUAUUUGAUGCCAAGAGACUGAUUGGCAGGAGGUUUGAUGAUCCUGUGAUUCAAGCGGAUAUGAAACACUGGCCAUUCAAGGUGAUCAGUGAUGGAGGCAAACCCAAGGUACAGGUAGAGUACAAAGGAGAGCUGAGGGCUUUUAACCCAGAGGAAAUUUCUUCCAUGGUGCUGACCAAAAUGAAAGAGACUGCUGAGGCAUACUUGGGACAUACGGUCUCUAAUGCUGUUAUAACUGUACCUGCCUACUUCAAUGACUCUCAGCGCCAGGCUACUAAAGAUGCUGGGGUGAUCGCUGGUCUGAAUGUCUUGAGAAUAAUUAAUGAGCCUACUGCAGCUGCCAUUGCUUAUGGACUGGACAAGAAAGGCAGAGGUGAGAGGAAUGUCUUAAUCUUCGAUCUGGGUGGUGGUACCUUUGAUGUCUCCAUUUUGUCUAUUGAUGAUGGCAUCUUUGAGGUAAAGGCAACAGCUGGAGACACUCACCUUGGAGGAGAGGACUUUGAUAAUCGAAUGGUAAGUCAUUUCAUUGAAGAGUUCAAACGAAAACAUAAGAAGGAUAUCAGCCAGAACAAAAGGGCAGUCAGGAGGCUUAGGACAGCCUGUGAGAGAGCAAAACGAACCCUGUCUUCCAGCACUCAAGCCAGUAUAGAAAUUGAUUCCCUAUAUGAAGGUAUUGAUUUCUAUACAACUAUUACCAGAGCUCGUUUUGAAGAGCUGAAUUCUGACCUGUUUCGUGGCACGUUAGAUCCAGUGGAAAAAGCCCUAAAAGAUGCCAAAAUGGACAAGUCACAGAUCCAUGAUAUAGUUCUCGUUGGAGGUUCUACACGCAUUCCUAAGAUCCAGAAACUGUUGCAAGAUUUCUUCAAUGGCCGUGAACUGAACAAGAGCAUUAACCCAGAUGAAGCUGUUGCCUAUGGAGCUGCAGUUCAGGCAGCAAUCCUGAUGGGUGACAAGUCUGAAAAUGUCCAGGAUCUUCUGUUACUGGAUGUCACACCACUUUCUUUGGGACUUGAGACUGCUGGAGGUGUAAUGACAGUUCUCAUUAAACGUAACACUACUAUCCCAACCAAACAAACUCAGACCUUCACCACCUAUUCAGACAACCAGCCUGGAGUCCUAAUCCAAGUAUUUGAAGGUGAGAGAGCUAUGACCAGAGACAAUAACUUACUUGGCAAAUUUGAACUUAGUGGAAUUCCACCUGCUCCUCGUGGUGUACCACAGAUUGAGGUCACAUUUGAUAUAGAUGCUAAUGGGAUCCUAAAAGUCUCUGCUGUUGAUAAAAGCACUGGUAAGGAAAACAAAAUCACCAUCACCAAUGACAAAGGCAGACUGAGCAAAGAAGAGAUUGAAAACAUGGUGAAGGAGGCAGAGAAGUACAAAGCUGAGGAUGAAGCCCAGAGAGCGAAGAUAGCUGCCAAGAACUCCUUAGAGUCCUUUGCCUUCAACAUGAAGAGCUCUGUGGAGAAUGAGGACAUGAAGGGGAAGGUCAGUGAGGAGGACAAAAAGAAGAUUAUAGACAGGUGUAAUCAGACCAUCUCCUGGCUAGAGAACAACCAGAUGGCUGAGAAGGAGGAAUAUGAACACCAGCUUAAGGAGCUGGAGAAGGUCUGCAAUCCCAUAAUUUCCAAACUCUACCAGGGUGGGAUGCCCACAGGAUCAUGUAGGUCACAGACUGGUAAUGCUGCAUCACAUGGGCCAACCAUUGAGGAGGUGGACUGAAAAGGACUUUGAUGGACUGUUAACUCAGGUAUAAAUCUUGACUGUUUCUUACUUGAAUCCAGUUAGUGCUACAUGAAUGUGUACUGUCUGUACACAUUUUAACAGCCCUAAGAAGUCUGUCUGGGCAGUAGUGUAUAAUAAAGAAAAAACACACCUGUAGUCUUAUCAACCUAUGAUUUUCUAACAUUAGAGCUUAAGUAUUAAAAUGUGCUUUUGGUCAUAGUGUUAUAAGCAUUACGUUGUAAGUAGUGCGCUGGUUUUGUAAUUUAGCAAAAGUGCAUUUUAUAUACCCCGUACAACACACUGAUGACUACAGAAUUAUCUGGUCAUAAUUGUUUGGUGCUUUGAUUCAUUUUGACAGAAAUUUAAAUAAUUUUAUAUAAGUUUUGGUUGCCUGUAUAAAUGUCAGGAACAUUGUUUAUGCCCCAGUUUGUUCUAUGGAGUUAAUAUGCAAGUAUGAUGGAAUGGUCAGUGUUUUUUCUUUUUUAGUAAACAAGCACUUUAAGCAUUCAGGUGUGUUAUUUAUCUUUAAUUUUGUAACGUACAAGAGCCAUUGACUUUACUGAACAUGCAAUCCGGAAUUUAAGAACUACUGCAUUACUUUGCAGUUAAUUCAAAUGUAGAGACAGGACUGCAGUGUGAUUUAUGCUGCAAGCAAGAUUAUUAUUGCUAUUAGUAACGUCGCCCAAAGUCAGGGCAGGGCACUAAAAUAGUCGUAUUUAUGAGGAAUUGACACAUGUGUUGUACCUGUCAUGUACUUUACAGAUGCUUUCUUUUUUUUGUACUUUUAUAAGUGUCAGAAAUGUACAUUAAAUACUAUUAUAUUUUUAUCGGGAUAUAUUUAAAGGAAAAUAAAAACAGCUGCAAUUGCCUUCAUGUUUUUGUCAAAUAAAGUCUAUAUUUUUGAUUGAA